GGAAGGGUGCCUUUCCUCUUUUCAGUAUUAUGAAUGAAAGUCUGUUCUUUGAAUUUAUCCCUGAAGUAAUUGUAAUCAGACAGUAUCAAUAAGCUAUUACAAGGAGCUGGACUAAGCUCUUAUAAAUUAGUUCAAGAUGUCUGCGAGCGCGGUGUAUGUCUUGGAUCUAAAAGGAAAGGUCCUGGUUUGCCGAAAUUACCGUGGAGAUGUGGACAUGUCAGAGAUUGAGCACUUCAUGACUCUUCUGAUGGACAAGGAGGAGGAGGGGACCCUCUCUCCAAUCCUGGCCCAUGGAGGCGUCCGUUUCAUGUGGAUCAAACACAAUAACCUCUACUUGGUUGCAACAUCCAAGAAAAACGCCAGCGUCUCGCUGGUUUUUUCCUUCUUGUACAAAAUUGUCCAGGUAUUUUCAGAGUAUUUCAAAGAACUGGAGGAAGAGAGCAUUAGAGAUAACUUUGUCAUCAUAUACGAGCUGAUGGAUGAGCUGAUGGACUUUGGUUAUCCACAGACCACCGACAGCAAAAUUCUGCAGGAAUACAUAACCCAGGAGGGGCACAAGCUAGACACCGGCGCCCCGCGACCCCCUGCCACGGUCACCAACGCCGUCUCCUGGAGGUCAGAGGGCAUCAAGUACAGGAAGAAUGAGGUCUUCCUGGACGUCAUUGAGUCUGUCAACCUCCUGGUCAGUGCCAAUGGUAACGUUCUACGUAGCGAGAUCGUCGGCUCCAUUAAGAUGCGUGUCUUCCUGUCUGGAAUGCCGGAGUUGCGGCUCGGCCUUAACGACAAGGUCUUGUUUGAAAACACUGGAAGAGGAAAGAGUAAAUCCGUAGAGCUGGAAGAUGUGAAGUUUCAUCAGUGUGUCCGUCUGUCUCGCUUUGAGAACGACCGCACCAUCUCCUUCAUUCCUCCUGAUGGAGAGUUUGAGCUCAUGUCCUACCGCCUCAACACUCACGUGAAGCCCUUGAUCUGGAUUGAAUCUGUCAUAGAGAAGCACUCCCACAGUCGGAUCGAGUACAUGAUCAAGGCGAAGAGUCAGUUCAAAAGGCGUUCCACAGCCAACAACGUGGAGAUCCACAUUCCUGUGCCAACGGACGCUGACUCACCUAAAUUCAAGACCACAGUGGGCAGCGUGAAGUGGGUGCCUGAGAACAGCGAGAUCGUCUGGUCAAUUAAGUCCUUCCCUGGUGGAAAAGAGUAUCUGAUGCGUGCUCACUUCGGUCUGCCGAGUGUUGAGGCUGAAGACAAGGAGGGGAAGCCACCAAUUAGUGUCAAGUUUGAGAUCCCAUACUUCACCACCUCAGGCAUCCAGGUGCGCUACCUGAAGAUCAUUGAGAAGAGUGGCUAUCAGGCCCUGCCAUGGGUGCGCUACAUCACCCAAAAUGGAGAUUACCAGCUCCGGACCCAGUAGUCAGCGCCUCAGCCGGCAGUAGGCAGGUGGAAAUCCGAGGGGGCGUAGUGGAGCCGCUAAUGCGCUAUCAAUGGCAGGUGUCAGUCAUGAGACCAGAGGACUGUCUUUUUUGUUUAGUUUUUGUAUUUGUUACAGUUUUUUUGAUUUCUGAUCAAUGCAAAUAUUAGAUGGAGCCUUCAGUUAGGUAAAAAACAAUAUUAAGUUUUACUACUGUGUGGAUCUGAAUGUAAGCAAGGCCAAGGAAAGCAGGAGUUAUGUUUACAUCCAAUACAUAUAGCGCAGAUGUACACAAUCUAUCAAAAUGGGUCAAAUGGCUUAAAGGACCAGUGUGUAAGAUUUAGGGAGAUAUAUUGGAAAAAAAUUAAUAAAAUGUAAAAUUUUCUUUUGUUUAUAUGCACCUGAAAUAAGAAUGAGAUGGUUAUACCUGUAUCUACGUAGGGAGUAGGUCUUUGUUUAUGGAGAUCGCCAUGUUGCACCACCAUGUUUCUACGGUAGCCCAGAACAGACAAACAAAACAGUGCCUGUAGAUGGGGCCAUUCGCAUUUUGGCAUCAUAGCGUCGGCCACCAUAAUAAGAAGCCCAACUACAAUAAGCAAUACCGGAGUAACGCCGAUGUGUACAAUGGAACUGCUUUAUCUUGUUUUUCUCGUGGUUUAAAUCACCGGGUCCGAUUGUUUUGGCGAGGAAGAGACCUCUGCCAACACAUUCACAUUCCCAACACGUUACAUAUCGCCGCUUGUUCAGUGGACUUUUCACAUCUACAUAUGACAUGUUACAUAUCUUGACUGCGUUUGUUGUUGAUGUCUUGGGACGCAAUGUCAAUUUACAUCUGCUUCAUGCAUUGUGUCUUUUCAAAAUACACAUCCGUUUACACAGGAAUUGUUUGUUUUCUGCUUGUUAGAUGAAUACAGGAAUAAACAUACAACUUCAGUAAAAUACCAAGUAUUAAACAUUUUUUCCUUGUGCCACAAUCGUGCGUGGUUGGCUCAACAUUUAUCAGGAAAGUGGACAGUCCUCCCGUGUGAAGGUCCGAUGUCAGUUGGACCCAUCCACCACUAUUCCAACUCAACCCAUACAGACUUGAUGGCGUAUCAUACUGUUUCAAAAAGAUGGCUUUUUUUCUUUUUUGUCCGUGAGUGACGCCCAAAUCACCGACCAAGCGGUAUUUGAUUACCUCUGGAUGACACCGGGUUAACCUCUUGAACGUCUGAAUCUCGGAGAAAAAAGGAUCAACACAUUAGCAAGUGCUGUAUGAGUGGCCUGCAGCGAUAUGCCAAACUGCGUUGGAUUUCAAUGUGUUUUUACUUGUUUAAAUUUUUGGGUAGGUUUAGAGAGAAGGAGACCUUUAAGAUAAGAUAAUUCAGCUUCCGAUAUAAACGUCCUGAACAUUAAACACUGAAGAAAUUAUAGUUUUAGCUGGCUGCAAUGUACAAUUCACCACUGGACACCAACAAAUGCCCUAAAUCUUACACACUUUACCUUUGAAAGAGUUUGUUACGUUUAAAGUUACUGUAACCACCUCCACAAAGGUUAACAACACAUUCUCCAGUCAGCCUGAGAAGGAUAUUUUUUUAUAUGAAGCUGCUUUGUUCUGCCACAAUUCCUAUUUGUUGAUUAUGUGUAUAUAUUUGUUUACAUGUUAAUGAACAUCAGUGUUAUUUGUUUGAUGACUGUAAAUUCAAAAGCAAAGUUCUCUCUUUUUUUUUUGUAUAACUGCCUCUACAUGAUGCCAUUGAUACACGCCAGAGCAAUGCACUCUUGCAUGGCUGUUGUGCUAUUCAUCAGUUUGACUCCUGUGACACUGCAGAAAACAUGAAGUCGCACUGUAAACGGAAUACCAGUUAAAAAUCCCUCUUUUCCACCCUGUUUCCCUUUUCCCUGUCUGUAACCACACAUUUUAAAUCAUUAAAUGUCUAUUUAGAGAAAACCGUUC